AUGGAUGGGCCACCGCUACCUGGAUCCAUUAGGAGGGCGAGGGAACGCGCUGCCGCCGGUCUGCCGAGGGAAGUACCCGGCGGGAUGGACGAGGAACCACAAACGGCACGGCCUUCCGCGUUGCGCCCGCCGACCGCUGCACAACCUCGGACUCAGCGACCACCGCCGCCCUUUCCGUUGCAGACAAGAGAUGGACAGAUUGGUGUGGCCAUCUCAAAACCGACUCAGGUACCUCAGUGGCCUUUGCCGGGCCCUCUCAUAGCACCUGUCCAAGCCGACGGCGAGCCAUAUCGACCACCGCCCGGAAAAUCGCAUCCCCCACAGCGACCGCCGCGCCCGAGCAGGGUGCCGUCGAUCUUGGACGCCUCCAAGGUGCAGGAUCCUACGCCGUCCUUUCAGUACAGGCCCCGAUCCGGGAGGGAGUCAUCCGGGCAGGAUUUGCUGGCAAUUCCAGAGACGCCUUCGAGCCAAUCACGCCCAUCCACGCUGUCGUCUGUCGCAUCGAUUCCCGACUUUCCCCUACCUAUUCAGACGCCAGCGGCACCCUCGCGGAGAAGUGUCAACCUCGGACCGCCGCCUUCAGCUAGACGGGGGGCGUCGUCUUUCUAUUCAAACGCCUCCUUUGUCUCGCCCAUUCCCGAAGAAAGCCCCCGCGCACGAUCCCACACGUCAUUCGCAUCGAGUGCUGCAAUGCCUGAAAAUUGGGGAUCUCCAUCUGUUGGACCCAGCCCUGAUUAUCCUGAACCUGUCUUUGCGGACGCGAUGGCUGAAGAGGGCGGAUUGGCUGUGUACGGGGAUGACGAUGCUGAGGAGAGCCAGCUUGUAAGAAGUGCAAGUUUGGGAAAGAGGGCGAAGCCUACCCUUGUCAGCGCGACGGCAGCACGUGUAGCGGACGGCGCAGAACGUAAUGGCCGGCCAGGACCAACUCCAAUUCAGGACGGGCCUUUCAAGAAUGGAACAGGUUAUGUGGAGAACUCGAGCUCUUCCAGCACGAUACCGACAGCUUCCCGGCUGCCCAUCGGCUCAGCGGUAACGGCGGACAGCAUACUAAACGCCUAUUCUUCUGCAAGUGCGGAAGACCCAUCAAGUCCUUCGAGGCGGACGACACCGUCGCCCAAUCCCGCCGCUGGCGGUCGUGCUUACAGUCGGCUAUCAGCAGUACGAAGACCGCCACGCCUAGAUAUCGAUGCCGUGCGCAAGGCCGAGUCAAGGGGGAGUCUGACAAGCUUGCCAGACCUCAUCCGACGAGCCACGAGACUGGCGGCGAGCCUGGAGAAAGGGAGGCGACCAGCUAGCCGGUUUGAUGAUCUUGACAAUUCUGCGCUGGACGACUAUUAUGGAUUAGAUGGCGAGAAGUAUCGUUCGGGCCUCUCGGACAUGCUGGCCGCUUUCCCUCCUCCAGCCCAGCCGGCAGCAGCCCAAGGCCGCCGCAGCAUACGCGACAGCAUACGAGAACAGGUCCAGUCGUGGCCUCUACCUAUUAAUUUUAAUCGCACGCCCAGCACCUCUAGGGAGGCGGUCCCGACAACUGGCUCCCAACGAUCAGAUCAGAAGCGCGGACGCAGGUGCUGCGGCCUCCCACUCUGGGGGUUCAUCAUCCUCCUGAUCGUGAUCCUGAUCAUAAUUGCCGCCGCAGUGGUGAUUCCGGUCGAGUUUUUCGUGAUACGGAGACAAAAUGCUGACGGCGAUGCGGAUGGAGCGCUGCAGCAGUGCCGGCAGCAGCUAACGUGCGCAAAUGGCGGAACCAAUGCUGUCAGCCAGGGCACUUGUUCCUGUGUCUGCAUAAACGGGUUUACCGGUUCUGAUUGCACUGUGGUCGACGACAGAAGCUGCACAACGGUCUCGCUUGCAGGCGCCAACAAUAACAACGUCACCAUUGGCGACGCCAUUCCGCGCCUCGUUGAACAAGCCCAAAGUAACUUUUCCAUACCGCUUUCUAGCAGCGAAGUGCUUGCGAAGCUUGAGGCGGAAAACCUAAGCUGCUCGGCUGAGAACGCUCUCGUCACGUUUGAAGGCCGCUCAGCCCGUCAAGGCGCUGCCCAAGUAGUCGGAGCGGCCGGGGUCAAUGCCGCCGUGAUCAAUGGCGUUCUGUUUACAACGAUUACCGUUAUGGUCGGGCGCUUCACGACGGUUACGAUAGGCAACCCACUCUCGCUAGCAGCAGCGCCGCCGGCCCAAGAAACAAGUUUCAGAACUACCCUCACGGCAAGCGGGGCCGUGGGUUUUGGCACUACGCUAUCUCUAGACAGAUUGACCCCCUCGCCCUCCCCGACAGCCACCAGCACGGUGAUGACAACCGUGUCCAUGCCCACGUCCACGUCGUCCUCUGGAGGGGGGGCAACGCCCUUGCCGCCUUCGGUCAGGUUCACGGUGAACGAGGAAGUUCUCGACUUUGCCCGGGUGGCUGUGCUGUUUAUAUUCCAGGAAAGCAGCCUCGUGGACGCCUCGGCUGCGCAGGUUACACUGCAGAAGUUCUUCACUUCGGCAAACUCGGCAAUAGGCUCAUCAUCAGGCAGGGGAGUGAGCGUCGAGGAAGCCCGGAAUGUCACGGUCGGGGGUGGGAGGUCGGUCGAUCUCGUCGACUUUGCUAUCGACCUCGGCGGCUCAGGGGGCAGAUUUGGCGGUGCACCCUCGGCGGAUGUCUGA